AUGGCGGCCUCAUCGCUGGAUUUGCAUCCAGACACCAGCACUCGCACCACCACCACCACCACCACCACCACCACCAACAACAACAAAAACACCACCUCCACAUCGGAGGCCCCGCAGCUGCCAUCGUUCCCGCGCGUCGCCACUCUGAGCAACCCGCCGACGCCGACAGUCGUGGGCUCGGAAGUAUCCUACGACGACAAGGAUGACAAGGAUGACAAGGGCCUGGGCGAGAUAUCCCGGCGGGGGAGCGACUCGGGCUCUGACCUGGUCAUGCCAGUGGCCAGCGACAGCGCGCCGGAGAAGAGCGACGACACGACCGUAGCCGUCAGCGCGACGCCUGCGGCCAGCGAGCGCGGCGUGCACGACCAGGAGAUGACGCUGUCGCCCACACGGCGCGUGGGGCUGAUUGUGAUUGUGGCAUUCACCAUGGCCAUGUCGUCGGCCGCGCAGCAGGGUCUGAACAUUGCCCUGCCGAUCAUCCAGGAGGAGCUGGGCAUCCUCGAGUCCAACCUCCAGUGGAUCUCGAGCGCGUACGCCUUGACCAACGGCUGUUUCCUGCUCCUGGCCGGCCGCCUGGCGGACGCGUACGGCCGCAAAAAGUGUUUCAUCGUCGGACUCGGUUGGUAUGCCAUCUGGUGCCUCGUCGGCAGCUUUAUGCACUCUGGCGCCGCGCUGAUUGUUACGCGUGCGCUGGCCGGUAUCGGCGCCGCUAUGGGCCUGCCGUCCGGCAUGGGCAUCAUCGCCGCCAACAUCCACGGCAAGACGCGCGCGACCGCGUUCGCCGUCUUCACGGCCGGCGCACCCUUUGGCGGCGCGAUGGGCAUGGUUCUCGGUGGUGUGCUGUCGUCGUACACCAGUUACACGUGGCGCACCGUGUUGUGGAUUUUUACCGGCGUCGCAGUGGUCAUUGUCGCGCUGGCCGUCUUCUUCGUGCCCGCCGACCCGAAGAAGGAGGCCUCGGGCAAGGAGGCGCGCCGCAUCGACUGGAUCGGCGCCGCGCUCGUCACCUGCGGUCUCGUCCUGCUCCAGUUCACCGUCAGCGACGGCAUGAGUGCGCCCCACGGCUGGCGCACGCCGUACAUCCCGGCGCUGUUCGCCGUGUCGCUCAUCCUCCUGCCGGCCUUCUUUGCGUGGGAGUACUACACCAUCCACUACACGAAUAAGGCGCCGCUCAUGCGCCUCUCGCUGUUCACGCGCGCCAACGGCCGCCUGGGCGCCAUCUACUUUGUCGGCUUUGUCGCGUGGCUCGGCUUUGUCAGCAUCGGAUACCACACGACGCUCUUCUACCAGCAAGUGCAGAUGACGGGCACGAUUGGCGCGCUCCUCCGUUUCCUGCCGGCGCCCAUCUCGGGCCUGCUGUGCGCGUUCGUCGUGUCCCGCGUCGUCCACCGCGUCCCGACACAGAUCCUCAUCUGCUUCGGCCUCAUCUGUACCGGCCUGGCCGCGACGUUCAUGGCCAUCUCGAAGCGCGACGAAAACUACUGGGGCCUGCCGUUCUGCUCCAUGUGGCUCGUCGUCAUCGGCGCUGAUUUCCUCAUGCCCACCGGCGCCAUCUUCGUCUCGCGCCUCGCGCUGCCCGAGGAACAGUCCGUCGCCGCAGCCCUCUUCCAGACCUUGCUCCAGCUGGGCGGCUCGUUCGGCCUGACCCUCACCUCGGUCAUCGCCACGGCGUACCAGAACAAGGCCCUGGCGCGCGGCGUGGAGGAAGUGGACGCGCUGCUCGAGGGCCUGCACGCGAGCUUCUGGCUGUCUGCUGCGUGCGCGUUCACGGCCCUGGCGCUGGCCGCGGCGACGCUGCAUGGUAUCGGCAUUGUCAGCCAAGUAGGCCAGGACGGUAAAGCGCCCAGCAAGGACAAGACGGUGGAUGCCGAGAACGGCAGUGUGGUGGAUGAGGAAGGUGAGGCAGUGGAGGUCGCGGGUGGCAAGGACAAGGAGAAGGCGUAG